GUUUAGAGCACAGUUUCCCUCACGAAUGUGCUUCUGCGAAUUGCAAUAGUCGGGUCAAAAAUGAGAAAUGAAUUUAAAAGCCCCUCCCUUUAGGAAAGACGAAUCUCUGUGUGUUUGUGUUUAGCGUUUUCAUUGCUUGUUUUGCUUUGUUUUGAUUACAGCUUUUCUAUGCCGGGCCGAAUGUGCGGCGGCGAAGCGGCAGGCCAGUAAACAGCGGCGGGCUCGGCCGGGAGGCGCCAUGGCGGCGGAGGGCCUGGCGGGGCUCCUGCCCGCACAGACGCAGCUGGAGUACGCGCUGCUCGAUGCGGACACCCCUCAGGAGAAGGAGAACCUGGUCUACCAGUACCUGAAGAAGAUGGACAGCCGGGAGCGGGACCUGACAGUGCCCGAGCUCGGCGGAGAUCUACAGUGGUUAAACACUGAAGGUCCCAUUUCUCUUCACAAAGACCUUUGUGGAAAAGUUGUGGUGUUGGAUUUCUUCACUUACUGCUGCAUCAAUUGCUUGCACCUGCUGCCUGAUCUCCAUGAAUUGGAGAACCAGUACUCUGAUAAAGAAAUGUUGCCACUCCACUAGUUGCUGUUCUUCCCUAUUAAUACUGUUUUACAGCUGAGGAGAAGAGCUAAAAUAGAAAAAUAAGUCUCUUUCUUUGUAAACAAAUAAAAAGCAAGUCAAAGAUUAAA